CCUGCCUGGCACUACAUCUAGCUUGUCGAUUCUUCGGAGCAGUUGCGUUGUGAACAAUGCAAGGCCUCAUGGCAUCUUCCAAGCUGUCUCUGACCGUCGCCGUCGUGGUUUUUCUGCUCGGCAUGGCGGGCGCCGCCCACGGCCUGACGAGGGUGGUCGCCAACAGCCCCGAUGAGCCGUGCAUGAACAUGACGCUCUACUACCACGACAUCCUCUACAACGGCAACAACACGGCGAACGCGACCACGGCGGCGGCCACCAAGCCGACGGCGCUGGCCACGACCUACUGGAAGAACAGCACCUACUUCGGCGCGCUGAUGGUGUUCAACGACCCCAUGACAGUGGGGAAGGCGCUGCCCCUGGCCGGGGAGGAGCCGGCGGCACGCGCGCAGGGGUUCUACUUCUAUGAUAAGCAGGAGUCGCUGACCUCCUGGUUCGGCUUCUCCAUCGUGUUCAACUCCACGGCGCACAAGGGCACGCUCAACCUCGUGGGCGCCGACCUCAUGGGCGACGCCACGCGGGACUUCUCUGUCGUCGGCGGCACCGGCGACUUCUUCAUGGCACGCGGCGUCACAACCAUCCGCACUGACGCCAUCGAGGGCCUCUACUACUUCCGCCUGCAGAUGGACAUCAAGCUCUACGAGUGCUACCUCUGACUCUGACGAUACAGCACGCAUGCCCUGUGUGUGUGUGUCAAUUGAUGUGCUGCUGAUGUUGUUUAUGCUUCUCCUUAAAGAAAAUUUGGUGUGUGUGUGUGUGUGUGAUGGGUUUUAUGCUUGUGUGCGAUUGUCGCAUAUGCCCAUGAGUAUGCGAAAUGCUCAGCACUCUUAUUCAUAUAUUUACUGUUUAGCAAGAUUGAUCGGUU